AUGGUCUUGGCUUUCCAGUUGGUCUCUGUCGCUUGUAUCUGGAUCAUGUUCACGCCAGAUGCCUCCUGUGUUUCUAAUAUCAGGAAGCCCCACCAGCGGUGUGCCUCUUCAACAAAACAGACCCGCAAGCAAGAAAGUAGAAUGAACAAAGAUGACAGUACCAAAAUAUGGCCUCUGAAACAUGAACAACUUCUCCAUAUAGAGGACCAUGAUUUUGCAAUGAGACCUGGAUUUGGAGGAUCCCCGGUACCAGUAGGUAUAGAUGUCCAGGUUGAAAGCAUUGACAGCAUUUCAGAGGUCGACAUGGACUUUACAAUGACUUUUUAUCUCAGGCACUACUGGAAAGAUGAGAGGCUGUCCUUUCCUAGCAAGACAAACAAAAGCAUGACCUUUGAUCAUAGAUUGAUCGAAAAGAUUUGGGUGCCUGAUAUCUUUUUUGUCCAUUCUAAAAGAUCUUUCAUCCAUGAUACAACUAUGGAAAACAUCAUGCUUCGAGUACACCCUGAUGGGAGCGUCCUCUUCAGUCUCCGGAUAACGGUUUCUGCCAUGUGCUUUAUGGAUUUCAGCAGGUUUCCUCUUGACACUCAAAACUGUUCCCUUGAACUCGAAAGCUAUGCCUACAAUGAGGAAGAUCUAAUGCUGUACUGGAAACAUGGAAACAAGUCCUUAAAUACAGAAGAGCAUAUUUCCCUUUCCCAAUUCUUCAUUGAGGAAUUCAGUGCAUCCAGUGGAUUGUCAUUCUACAGCAGCACAGGCUGGUACUAUAGACUUUUCAUCAAUUUUGUGCUAAGGAGGCAUAUUUUCUUCUUCGUGCUACAAACCUACUUCCCAGCCAUGCUGAUGGUGAUGCUAUCCUGGGUUUCAUUCUGGAUUGACAGAAGAGCUGUUCCUGCAAGAGUGUCCUUGGGAAUCACCACAGUGCUGACCAUGUCCACGAUCGUCACUGGUGUGAGCACUUCCAUGCCUCAGGUGUCCUAUGUCAAGGCUGUGGACGUGUACUUGUGGGUCAGCUCCCUCUUUGUGUUCCUGUCAGUCAUCGAGUAUGCAGCUGUGAAUUACCUUACCACGGUGGAAGAGUGGGAAAGGUUCAAGAGCGGAAGGAAGACUUCUGGAAUGUACGAUAUAGAUGCAGUUCAAGCCAUGGCCUUCGAUGGUUGUUACCAUGACAGCGAGACUGACAUAGACCAGACUUCCUUUUCUCUACACUCAGAAGAGGGCUCCAUGAGAGGAAGAUCCACAGGCAGCCCCUGCACAGAAUCCUCUCAGAUAAAGAGAAGAAAAUCCCUGGGAGGAAACAUUGGGAGAAUCAUCCUAGAAAACAACCAUGAUAUUGACAUGUAUUGUAGAGUUUUAUUUCCCACUGUGUAUAUAAUAUUUAAUUUGUUUUAUUGGGGGAUAUAUGUAUAA